AUGGCAGCAUCCGCACUGCAAAGAACGGUUGCUACACCGCGUUCCGAACCGUGGGCUACUGCACCAAUUGUGAUGGGCCAAGGAAGUGAUGUCUCGACCACGGUUACUGAUGGCACUCGGCGGAUUCACGAGCCCAUGGCGGCUUCUGGCGGUGAUGCCAGUCACGGUCAUGAGCAGUCCGCAUCGAGUGAGCGGACUGUCUCAGACAAGCAUUUCGAUAUUCACAACGCCUUUUUAAAUGGCGAGCUAGCUAAAACUGUUUACAUGAGACAACCACCUGGUUAUGAGGAUAAGUCGUUACCUAAUCAUGGUUCUGACUCAGAUCGUGUUACUACUCUUAUUCAUAAAUUAGCACUUGAGUUUAAGGUUCUUGAUAUGGGUGUGCCUUCUUUCUUCUUGGGAAUAAAAAAUUUCCCGUUAUUUGGUGGUAUGCAUUUAUCCCAACAACGGUAUAUGAAUGAUAUUCUCAAACGUGCUGGUAUGGUGGACUGCAAGCCAGUAAUCACGCUUGUCUCUUCUGCAAAAAUCACAAAGUAUGGUUGUUCCCUAUGCCAUCCAACACAAUACAGGAGUCUUGCGGGUGCUCUCCAGUUUCUUACGGUAACUCGUCCGGAUCUAUCUUGUGAUGUUAAUCUAUUGUGUCAACAUAUGCAUGCUCCCACUACUACAGACUGGGCCUCUCUAAAGCGAGUCCUGCGGUAUGUCAAAGGCACCCACAAUCUUGGACUGCGGAUUUCUCGGUCUACACCUAUGGAUAUUCACGCCUAUUCUGGCCCAGAUUGGGCUAGCGAUCCGAAUGACCCUAAAUCUACUAGUGGCUUUGUUGUGUUCUUGGGCAGUAAUCUUAUAUCUUGGGUUUGUCGGAAGCAACGGACUGUGGCACGUUCUUCGACUGAAGCAUAA